AUGAUCGCUGCCAACGUUCCCCAUCUCCCGGACGGAGACUCGCCAGACCUGAUCUUGGUCCCCGCCACUCCAGAGGAGCGCAUCGCCUCCAUUAAGCUCAACAGUAUCGCCUGGAAAGGUCCCUUGGACGUUGAAACCUACAUCGCCCGUGAGGAUCACCUCUACAGUCAACGACUUACCCGGGAUGGUUUGACCUGCUGGAUCUUGGUCGACGGUAGCGAGCCUGAGGGUGACCGCACUAUUCUAAGCUCCUGCGAGACCUACCAGAAGAAAGCUAUCCUCGCACACAACGGCCAAGUGGAAGAUGUAUCCACACACGGCGUAGGAAGUGUCUACUGUCGGCCGGAGUUCCGGGGUAAAGGUUACGCGAAGCGUAUGCUAGAAGAACUCAGUCGGAAGCUUGAUACGUGGAAAAUGGAAAAUCAGCCGCGGGGCAGAGCAUUGUUCACUAUUCUCUUCUCGGAUAUUGGAAAGAAAUUCUAUGCACAGUUUGGCUGGCGGCCGUACUCGUCUUCGCACAUGGUGCUACCUGCUCGGGCGAAGGAGGAGUCAUCCAAUGGGACGACAGGGAAGAGCGCGACACGGGAUUUAUAUGCCGAGGACGUCGACAAGAAUAUGUGCAAUGAUACCGUCAUUACCAACCUGCGUGAAGAGAUGCGGGUUGCUUCGAAAAAGUCACAAGCUGCCAAGGUCGCCAUCCUGCCUGAUUUCGACCACUUUGUGUGGCACUGGGCCCGUGAGGAAUUCUUCGCGCAGCAGGUCUUCUCACAGCAUGCCCCGCCACUCGUCAAGGGCGCUGGAAAUGACAAUGCUCGCGUAUACUGCGCGUGGAAUCGGAACUUCGGCGAGACACCAGAGGACAGUGUGCUUUACAUCCUGCGAUGGGUGUACGAUGACCCCACAUCGCCCGAGCAGGAGCAAGCAUUGGUCCAGGCGAUGGCUGAUAUCUUGCGACGAGCUCAGCACGAGGCCAAGGAGUGGGGGCUGAGCACCGUUGAGUUUUGGAACCCAGAACCACUUCUGCAGAAGGCUGUCAAGGUGUUGGAUCCGGAUGCUGAAGUCGUGCACCGUGAGAAGAGCAGUAUCUCCAGUCUGCGCUGGACGGGUGAUGAGCACGGCCUUGGUCAGGAUGUGGAGUGGAUCUUGAACGAGAAGUAUACUUGGUGCUGA